GAUCCUUCUUUUCUCAGCAAUCAAACAACAUCUUCUACAAACCUAAAACUUCUCCCAGGAAGUGGUCAGCAAUCCAUCCAAAAGAGAAAAAACAAAGCUUUGGGGUUGUCUUAGUGAAGCAAUCGUCAUCAUGAAUUCAAUCUUCAGUUCCUUUGAUGCUUUAUGUGCUGAGUUCUUGGGACAGGCAGUCAGACCCUCCUUUGCUUCUUCAACAUAUAAAGAUGCUAAUAGCUUCCCUUGUAGCAGAGGGGUAACGAAUAAGGUGACUGAUACCAUAAAGAAAAAGCAAGAAGGAAACAUUGAGAAGAAGCAACACAGGGCUCCUCGAUUUGCACCAGAGCUGGACGGUCUUAACUGCUUUGAGACCCUUGUGUCCUAUUAGCGGUUAAUAUCAUGAUCCAGGCGGUUCUGUUACACUGGGUUUGAAGUAAUACGAGUUUGAGUCUGAAACAGAGGAGUUUUAAUUUAGUAGAAAGUAAUUCAUACCGUAUCUGUACAAAUUUUGAACUUUAGUGAUGAAUUGAAAUUCUUUAUUAAUAUUCAUGUUUGAAAUCGGGUUUCUAGCUUUAUGGAUCAACUUCCAAGCAAAUUUUUGUUA